AUGAUCAAUCUAGAAGAACUCGAUUUACAUCUUGUUGUGUAUUGUGAGAAAAGAUUUAUUGAUGGUUAUGAUUUGAAAUACAAUAUUAUUAAUAAUUUAUUACGAUUAAAUAUAUUUAUAUUUAACAUACGAUCACGUCUGCCUAUAAACGAUCAAGUUUAUUUAUCAUCAAAUGAAGAUUGUCAACUUUCAUUCAAUGGUUUUAAAAAUAAAAUUAUUUCAUGUGUUGAUUAUUUCCCAAAUCGUAAAGAAGGUCAAUGUCAUAUUUAUUCAUAUCCAUAUCAAGCAAAAUAUUAUGAAUAUAUUACAAAUAAUUUUCCAGAUGGAUUAUUUAAAUAUGUUCGUGAAGUCUCAUUAUAUGAUGAACGUCCUUUUGAACAUGAAUUCUUUGUGAAAAUUGCUAAAUCUUUCCCAUUUAUGAAACAAUUAACUGUAUACAAUGAUCAACCACAGAAGAACAAAUUUGAUGAACAAUCAAAAGAUGAUAAUCGACAUUUAUCAGUUAUUCAAUAUCCUUAUCUUAGUGUAGUUGAUUUGUUUCAUGCUCAUGAUGAUUAUGUGGAACAAUUUCUAUUGGCUAUCAAAACGUGUUUAACAACAAAGCUCAACCUUCAAAUCUACUUUUCAACUUUGGAUAGAGUAACAAACAAUUUUACAAGAGAUGCAACACGAACCAAUUGUGCCAAAUUACUUCGUAUACAUGUACCUCGUAAUAUAUCGAUUUCAAAGCAGUUGAAAGACUAUUUUCCUGAUACGAAAAUUUAUUCUUUAANAAUGGGGUAA